CUUUUUUCUUCCCUGCUUUCUCCAAAUCUUGUGCCGAUGCACAAUUUACAGUUUUGAAGGGGGUAGAUUUCUCUGCGGGUAACCUGCCGGCACAUAAGGGAAGAUUCGGCUUUUAUACCGUUCAGUUCCGGGCCAUCCACGGGUCUUGUUGAUGUCGACCUUCGAUUUCUCGACCGAUUUUGCCAACCAACAUUCAAAGAGCAACUACAACUGAUUGAAAACACGCCUUGGAUUGUACUUGGCUAGGAAACAUAACACAUCUGUCUUCCGACAACCUCGACCCCCAACAACUUGACCUCAUCACACAAUACCACGACAUCAACCUCAACGAAAACCAACAACAACUGAAACAUGUCCCCCCCUCCACACGGCCCCCGCCAUGGCGGCUACCACAGCUACAACAACAACAACCCCGACUCUAACUCCAAUUGUUCCGCGCCUCCGACUCCCCCCGGCAGCAUCCCCUCUCCUUCCCUGUCCUUCCCCGGCUCGGGCUCGGCCCCCAACAGCAGCAGCACCACCACCACCACCACCAUCACCAGCACCAACCCUUCCAACUCAAACACCAGCCUCAACAACAUGACCCACCACCCCAACCUCCAUGUCCCCUCAACCCAAUCCCAACAAUCUACUAGUACCUCUGGUACAGACCGCACCGCAACCGCCCACGCAGCCACCACGCUCCUCACCACCCUCUUCCCCCCUUACUCGCAAACCAACCAACUAAUCGCCUCUUUAUCCGCCGAGCUCGACGCCCUCAAAGCGCGCCAACGAAUCUGGAAACGACUUGCACACGCCGCUGUCCUGUUCAGCUCCGACCACGAGUUGCGGUAUAGCUUGCUGGACAAAUGCAACGAUUUGGCCGAGUGCAUGAAGAUGUACCCGCGCUUACGGGAGGAGGUGGCCAAGAUGAAUGAAGUGGAGCUGCAGCUGUUUAGUAUUUCGAGUACUGCGAAGCAGUUGGUUGGGGACGUGGAGUGGGUUCGGGCGGAGGAUGUGAGGGGGUUUGUGGAGGGGGUUAGGAGGGGGCAGCUUGCGGUCCGUGAGGGGGGGAUACAAAAAGGGGGAGGGAAUAGGGGGGAUGGGAAUGGGAUACAGAAUGGGAGGGGGGAUGGGAAUGGGAAUCAAAUUGGGGAGGGGGAGGGGAUAGAAGGAAGAGGCACAGGGGGGAUGGUGCAGGUAAAACUGGAUAAAGGCCGGGGGGAUGUAGGGAGGAGGUUGAAUUAUUUGAUGGUUACUUCCGCUUCUUCUACUUCUGCUGGUCACAGUCAGAGUCAGAAUCAACAAGGGCCACAGGCGGGAACGCAAGUUGGAGGAGGAGGAGGAGGAGGAGGAGGGCAAGGCGAGGUAGUCAUGGGAGAAGCACAAGGACAUCACAGUGGAAGGUCAAGAAGGAGUUCAACGACAACCACAAGGACAGCAAGAGGACAACAACUACAACUACAACCACAACCGCAUCCGCAAAGUCAAAUACAAAGCUAUGUCGCCGCUCAAGCAGUUGCGGCGGCGGCAGCAGCAGCAGCAUCAGCAGGAGGACAGCCACAACAACAACAACAACACCAAGAGGAACCAACAUGGAGCUCAACAACCCUCAGUGCGGAAUCAAGUGCCGGGCGAGCAAGUCCAGGACCAAGUGAGGCAGAUAGCUCAACUGGUCCAGGUCCAUAUGGACCCAACCGAGCGAGAUGGUGGGACACAGUCAUCAUGGACUCGGACACAGAUCAACGAAGGAGAUCAGAAAGCAGUAGAAGUAGGAAUGUACAUACCUGUAUACGAGGGCGUGGUGAUGCGGGGUCGGAUUGCGAGAUGGAGAUGUAGUGGCGCUUGUUGUAAGAUAUGUUUGGAGUAUGGAUAUUGUGGAAUGCUCUCUAGGUACCGAACUGGGAGAACAUCCAAUCCUUCGUACGAGCGGGUAUCUCUUUUGUUGUGCUGGACGGGAUUGAAGGGCAUACAGCUUUGCGUUCUGCUACUUGACUCGACUUGAUGCGGGCGGGUGAUCGACUCUGUUGGUAAGUUAAUUGGAGUCGGACUUGGACCUCGGCACUCGGAGUUAGUGUCCUGCCAUGGAAAAGUCCUCGUCGGCGGUGAACUCGCGAUGGAGGAUCUUAAUUGUCAAACAAGGUGACGGAUCUCCACGGUGGUGGUACGGCGAAGCGAGAGUAGCUCUAGUUGCGUGGUGCCGGAGAGGAGAUGGGGGGCGUCUGAAGACCGGAAGGAACCUUGAAAGCAAACGAUGACACAGAGUGGCUGAACAGUUUCACUUUCAGAGAACUGAGAUUCAUGAUCACCUCGAACCGGUGCUCGAAAGGGCUUGUGCGCUGGAUGUUAGGAUAGCAUGGAAGGUGCAGUUGGCAUUGGAGGCGAACACAAUUGCAUUCAAGUGAGAAAAGUGCGAUUGGAGGCGCAGCGCAGGACUGAAAGUGGGUAGAAGUCAUCAUGGGUACCGGGAGGAACGAUGGGCGACGGAAGAUUCCUUCAUUCAAAUCAUGCACAAUGGUAGUGCUGUAGGACCAAGCGAGUAUUGAGGCGAGUCAGAAAGAACUGAAGAACUGACUGCCGC